UUUGUCUAUGUUUUUAGGUGGUACUGGCAGAAGGAAAAGAGAGAGCCCUAUGUGAAAUUUAUGGAGGCCAAUUACCCACCUGGGUUCAGUUAUGAGGAUUUUGGGUCACUGUUUACAGCAGAAUUCUUUGAUCCCAACCAGUGGGCAGAUAUUCUGAAGGCUUCAGGUGCAAAAUAUGUUGUCUUAACUUCAAAGCAUCAUGAAGGCUUUACUUUGUGGGGGUCCAAAUAUUCUUGGAACUGGAAUGCUGUUGAUGUGGGACCGAAACGAGAUCUUGUGGCUGAACUGGCUGUAUCUGUUAGAAACAGGACUGACUUGCGUUUUGGGUUAUAUCAUUCCCUGUUUGAAUGGUUUAAUCCUCUCUUCCUUGAGGAUGCCACCAAUGUCUUCAAGACAAGAAAGUUUCCAACCAGUAAAUCAUUACCAGAGCUCUAUGAAAUUGUCAUGAAAUACCAACCAGAAAUAAUUUGGUCUGAUGGGAAUGGAAAUGCACCAGAUACUUACUGGAACAGCACUGGUUUCUUGGCUUGGCUGUAUAAUGACAGUCCAGUCCGGGACACAGUUGUGACCAAUGACCGCUGGGGAGUUGGCAGCAUCUGUACACAUGGUGGCUUCUACACCUGUAGUGACCGGUAUAACCCUGGACACCUCCUGCCUCACAAGUGGGAGAACUGUAUGACUAUUGACAGGGGCUCGUGGGGCUACAGGAGGGACGCACAGCUUGAUGACUACCUGACUAUCCAGGACUUGGUGAAGCAACUUGUAGAAACGGUGUCUUGUGGAGGAAAUCUCUUGAUGAACAUCGGGCCCACUCACGAUGGUCGCAUUGCUGUGAUAUUUGAGGAACGCCUGAGGCAGAUGGGUGCCUGGCUGAAGGUCAAUGGGGAAGCCAUCUAUGGAACGAAGCCAUGGAGAGCACAGAAUGACACAGUCACACCUGAAGUGUGGUACACUUUCAGCCCUAAAGAAGGCAAAGUUAAUGCUAUCUUCCUGAACUGGCCAGUCUCUGGGACUCUGGAACUUGGUGAGCCACAGGCUAAGCUUGGAGAAACACAGGUAAAGCUGGCUGGCUACACGGAGCUGCUGAAAUGGGUUGCACUGGGUGAAAAGGGAAUUGCAAUAGCUCUACCUCAAUUAACUCCUAAGCAAUUGCCAUGUCAGUGGGGCUGGACUUUGCAACUGACUGACAUAAACUGAGCCAUACACUGCUGGAGCCUUGG